GGACAAAUAGGGCAGAGCUUCGCACUUUCGCUGGAUGAGAAGUUCAUGACUAUGUACUGUACCUAGCACUCCACAGCGCGGUGGCGCAAUUAUGGUUCAGCCUAGACGCUUUGCGGCGGCGACGUGUCAGCUUGCUAUUGAACGAAGGGCCGUACGCUUUGUCCAUCACGAAUCGGUGGGCUCUUUCGCCCAUGCCGGGUCUAUUCUACCACGCUCUAUCGAUCAUUCGGCUUGUUCAACAUCGGAUGUCGCGGACAUCGUCGAUUGGAGAGAGUCCUUUGGCACACAGAAAUCUGACCGGAUUGGGUCAAUCAGAUGACUUUCGAAAUGAUGGAUAGAAAGGAACGGGUGUGUGGAUCAUCUAUGCGCUGGCAAAAACGCCUGCUCGGCCUCAUUGGAGCACGGAAAUUUUGGUACUGUAACAUGGCAGUGGUAAGGCUGCGAACAAAACAUGUGACUGAAGGUCUUGGGAUGAGGGCGGUUCUGUUGACUGCACAGUGCUUUUGGUCCUUGUCGUCGACAUUCUUGUGGAUUGAUGGUUCAUGUGGACAAGCACACAUGCAUCGAUUUUUCGCCGACCCACGACGGAUCCCGUGCAAGUUUCCGACGUGUAUCGAUUGUGCAAGCAAUGGUUCCUGCCGUGGUCACAGAAACCCGUCGCAGGCACAUGCAGCGUCCCGUCUGUCGGAUAAUCGUAGAGCAGAGUCCUUGUUGCGCUGGCUCAUCCCGCGGCGGCAAACCCACACCCAAAACCUUGCCCGUGAUCAUUGCCAGGGAAAGCCCGUUGUCUCACAUGGGUAUCUCUUCGGUUCUUACCUCCCUCUGUGACUUUUCACUCAGCAGACAAGGAUGUGGAGACUUUGCGCUGCAUUUCCCGCAUUAGGUGCUUGAGACGGUCUACGGGACUUAUGCACACGGUA